GAGAGGACUAACAUAACUUUCAACAUUUUCCAUAACCUUAGAAGUAUAAUCUAAGAUAAUUCGCCACCGUACAAGUCCUUGUUGUGCCCGUCAUCAGCCUCGUGCUUAUCGCAAAUACCAUCGUCUUCCUGCCCAAAGCGCGUGAUGAACAUUGUCUAAGUAGCCGGUGUCGCAAGGCGGCCUUGAUGUUCGUCCAGUACCUCGCCUUCUCAAUCAUGACUCGAGCCUUGUUGCCAUCGGACGCCGCUGUACAAGGCCACGGUACGCAGUCGCCCCCUGCAGAGCACGUGAGAUCGAGUGCUCUUUGCUGGGGCUUGUAUACAUCCUUCAGCUUCACAGAAUGCCGUCUUCACCACUUAAACCCGUCUUCACCACUUAAGCCCGUCUUCACCACUUAAACCGUUCAACAGAGGUAUGAUUGGCUUCAACGACCAGAGGAAUUAUGAGUGCAUUGUAAGCCUUUCCCGCGUCUGCGUACGGUUUGAUUAUGGCCAGACUUUCAUUGUUCGACUCUCGCUUUCACUGCCGUGUACGUGGAGUCAGUUGAAGCCCGCUUGUCUACCGAUA